UACUGACCGAGAGCCUGGAACAGACUGGGUAAUUCCCUUGAGAGACUUGACAGAAAGGAAACAUAACAAAAUUCCGAAGUUUGGCAGAAAUCUUUGCUGUAAUAUUAGAACUGUUACAUAUACUUUGCACGCGUAGCGAGCCUAUAAAAGUUUUCAGAAGGACUAGUAUCUAGUUAGGAGGACGCUGGGAGUUGUUGGGGAGGGGUGGUUACUGCGAAGGACUCGAACUUGUGGCAGGGAUUUCUGUGAAGAAAGCGAAGAAUCAGAUAGUUCGUAAGUUUUUAGUGACCGAAAAGAUGGCCGAGAACGUGAUCGAAGAAGCUCACCGUAGAGCAAAUGAAGCAGAAGUGCAAUCCGAGCAAACAGCUGAAGGAGGCGAAGUAGGAACAGCAACGGCUGCAGAUGGAAAAAGGGACGCUGUUGCAGAUGAGGAGAAAGAACAAGGCCAGCCGCCGAAGAAGAAGUCGAAGAAAAACCCCGCAAAGAAGGCUGCAAACGCAGAGUCCGCGAGUGCUGGCCAAGAUAAAUAUCCUUUUGCGCGAUCAAGAGGUAUAAGGAUCUUCAGUGAUCGGGAAAUCGAGUCCCAGGACGCAGAGAUGACAAAAGAAUACUGGCGUUUUUGGAACGACACCGCCGAAGAGCUGUGUAGCGAUCGAGCUUACAACGAUUGGGGAAAACGGGAUCUAAAGCUUUACAUUGAUGCUGCCUGGAUUAUACAUAAGACUUACUUGCAAGAACUGCGCGAAAGAGAGUUGGCAGGCUUGUUGAAAGAGCUGCAAGAGAAAUACGGUUAUGCUGAGUUGCCAGCGAAACUGAAAAGCCAAGAUCAAGCAGUCUCGACCGCCCUGUCAAAGCUUCAAGACUCCACAGCCAACUUGAAUGAGCUCAAUCUCGAGUUGUCCCGUACCAGAGGCAAAGCAAUGAAUCUUAAACAGCGGGCAGUGGGUGAUUCUUUUCCUGCAAAACAAAAGGAUGAAGAGACAAGAGUAAUGAACAAACAAAUCAGCGAGCUGGAGAAAACUCUAUACGAAGGCAUGUCUGAAGUGAAGAGGGAUCAAGAUUCUAUGAAGAAAGCCCUUAACAGACAGAAGACUUUGGUAUACAAAGCACGUCAGGAGCGACCUUUAGUUGGGCACAGUUAAGAAUACAAUGGUUUAUUUGGAAAAAAAAGAAGUCAAGUGUUAUCUGUUGGAAAUCAGUAAAUAUGGUGGUCAAUUUUAGCAUUUUGCAUUUAACAUGUUAACAAAAAACUUCUUAGCCUGUUAAUUUAUCUCUUGAGGAAACACGGGGAUGAGAAACUCAAACAGAAAAGACUUGUAUCAAAUUGAUAUUGUAUCUAUUAUUACAGAUACUCCUGUAGCAUAUGCUGACUAUAUUUAACAUUACUUUAUAGAUUUGGAACUGGGAUACUUUAUGAGUAAAACUUUGAUCCACUCUUGUUAUUACACAAAGUACCUUCCGUUUGGAACCUUUGAGGUGAAAUUAAGGUGAAAAUGAAAUAUCAAACAAAA